AUGGCUGAAGAGGAAGACUACAGCUCAAUCCCCUUGCCCGACCGAUUCACUCAUAAGCUGUGGAAAGUUCGCAAAGGAGCCUACGAAGAAGCUGCCAAACAAUUCGCCCUUACCCCCGACGAAUCCGAUCCCUUCUUUCGCCCGUUUCUGAGUGAUGUUGGCCUCUGGAAAUCAGCCGUUCUAGACGCCAACGUCGUAUCACAACAAGAAGGUGUCAUCGCCCUCUGCGCCUUUCUCAAAUAUGCUGGACGAGAUGCCGGCCUCCGCACACGCAACCAUACUAUCGGUCCGAUAGUCGAAAAGUGCCUUUCGAGUUCAAGGGCAGCAACAAAACAAAACGGAAUCGAGGCAUUAUUGCUUUACGUUGAGCUCGAUGUCGCUGGCCCCGUAGUCGAGGACGUUUUGCCUGGACUGGCGCAUAGGACCCCGAAAAAUGUUGCUGCAACCCUCAACGCUCUGACCCAGAUUGUUCACAAUUAUGGUUGUAAGAUCGUCGAUCCGAAGCCCAUAUUAAAAGCGCUACCGAAAGCUUUCGGUGCUGCGGACAAGAACGUCCGGGCCGAGGCUACGAGUCUUACGGUCGAGUUAUAUAGAUGGCUGCGUGAAGCGAUGAAGCCACUUUUCUGGGGAGAGCUGAAGCCUACGCAGCACACUGACCUCGAAGCCCAAUUCGAAAAGGUAAAGGCCGAGCCACCUCCCAAGCAAGAGCGUCUCCUGCGCUCACAGCAAGAAGUUGUCGAGGCUGCACCUGAAGAUGACGGCGACGGGUAUGACGAAGGUGGCGAUGAGCCUGAAGGUGCUGACGAACUCGACGCAUUCGCCUUGGCUGAACCGGUUGAUGUCAGCAAAAAGAUUUCUCCCAAUUUCACCGAACUUCUCGCCUCAUCGAAAUGGAAAGACCGCAAGGAGGCUGUCGAUGGUCUAUACGAAGCUCUGAACGUUCCUCGCAUCAAGGAAACCGACUUUGGAGAAGUCAACCGAGGCCUUGCAAAAUGUAUGAAAGACGCCAACGUUCUUGUUGUCACUCAGGCUGCGCUUUGCAUCGAGCUUCUCGCCAAGGGUCUUCGCCAAAGCUUUGCCAAAUAUCGUGCCAUUGUCAUGCAGCCCAUCAUGGAGCGCCUGAAGGAGAAGAAGCAGACUGUGUCCGACGCACUCAGUGCUGCCCUUGAUGCUGUAUUUGCUUCUACCACCUUUUCUGACUGCAUGGAAGACAUUACAACUGCCCUUGGCAACAAGAAUCCUCAAGUCAAGGAAGGCACCAUGAAAUUUCUCAUUAGAUGCCUGCGCACCACUCGAGAUGUCCCCUCUAAACCGGAGAUUGCUGCUGUCUGUGAAUCUGGAAAGAAGCUCCUUGCUGAGUCGACACCAGGUCUACGUGAUGGCGGUGCCGAGAUCCUGGGGACUGUCAUGAAAAUUAUCGGCGAACGAGCCAUGACGCCCCUCAUUGAGGGACUAGAUGACAUCAGAAAGACCAAAGUCAAGGAAUUCUACGCCAGCGCAGAAGUGAAGGCUAAGGAAAAGCCAAAGGCCCCUCCCGCGCCAAAGGCUGCCCCCAAAAAAGCCGUUGCAGGCAAGCGGCCAGUGGCAAAAAAGGCCGCACCAGUUAUGCCGGCUACGGAGCCACCUGCGAAGCCUGGGAGCAAGCUAGGCAUGCCCAAGUCGUCUGGCCUAGGUGGUCUCAAGGCACCCCAAAAGCGGACAUUGGCAGCGCCGGGCACCGCCUCUCCUCGAAGACCUGCAGCAGGCCCGCCUAUCAUGCCUUCUGACGAUGAGCCUGUUGCACCGCCAGCCCAGCCUCGCAUUGGAGCAUCUCGCGGUCUGGCUGGUCGCUCGCUCGCCAAGUCAGCUGCUGCACCAGCAAUGCCUCCUCCAGACUCGCCACCUCGUGUAAGCGGUUUUAGCGCUGUUGAGCGCGCGGAGCUGGAAGAGCUCCGAGCGGCAAAUGACAGGCUCACGCGACAGGUAGAUGACAUGAGGCAGGAAAGGAGCAAGUUCUUAUCUGAGAUCCAAGAGCUUAAGAAUCAAAAUGCCGGACUGAUUGAAGAUCAUACUCGUGAUGUCCUGAGCAUCAAGGCCAAGGAAACACAACUUGUGCGAGCACGGAGUGACGCGGAAGCCACCGAAGGUGUUAAUGAUAGGCUCAGACGUGAGCUUGAGCGCUUGAAAAGAGCAUUGAACAAAGCGGAGACCAUCGGCGGAGGCUCCGGUGUCGUUAGCCCCGCCAUUACUUCUCCCACGCGCGAUGAUGUCGGUAUUUUUCAUGAUGCCGGUUUGGCUUCUGGUGGUUACAGCAGAGCAAGCUUCGCCAGCACCAUGACAGAGGAAAAGGAGAAUAGCGAAAUGGUGUAUCCCAGAAACAAAAUCAGUCCAGAGCUUCGAUACGGCAGCGGAGCUUCUUCCGGGCGCGGCUCUCCAGCCCGCGGUUAUCGCACGGCUAACCCCCCUAGAGAGGAAAGUGUUGAUUCUAUGGGACCCCCUCGAAGAGAACGGCCUGUGUCCUCCCUGCCACAACCCUCUGGUGGAGGAGAAAGCUGGCGCCGUGCUGCUGAAGUGACUAGUCAACUUAAAGCCCGCAUUGAGCAGAUGAAGGCUAAGCAAGGCUUCGCUCGCCCAUAG